AUGAAAAUUUCAAUCAAGAUCUCAACUCAACAGAACUCGACUUACGCAACAACUCAAUCAAUCAACACCGACACGAUGAGGCCGUUCAGGCUGCACCUCGGCAAGGAGCCGCAUCCUCCUCGAUACACUUGCGAGCGUUCGGCUCUUGAAAGUUCUAUCCGCCGACCGCCAUGCCUGUGCCCCGACUGCCAAGAUGGCUUCUACCCAGAGGAGUCACAGACGAGCCUGGAGCACUCCUACCGCCAAAGACUUUCCAACGCCGAAGCAGAGCGCCGCGCCUGCUCUGCCGUAGACGAUAUUCAGUGCCACAGAAGCCGACUCGACGAAAAGAUCCGAGUCUUCGGUGAUGUCUUGCUGAGUCGGUGGCAGAAGAAGAGCCAAGCAAAACGAGCGACACUACUGAACGGGGCAGCGCCCGGCCUUGAAGAACAGCAGUGGCUUCUCCCGCGAUAUAACUACAUGCAUGAGAGAUUGUAUAUCCACGCUAGAAGCCCAACUCGAAGACGCCAGCUCCUACUUCCCUGGCUUAACGUACACGUCCUCAAGUCCAAUCCUGCCGUGCUCUUUGCUCUUCUCCACUACAGAACGGCCUACCCUCCGCAGUCCUGGGCGACCUUCGAUAGCAACCAGCUCAAAGCCAGCUGGGCAGCUGGCCACUUCGACGUCGACUUCUCUGCCAAGUGCGUUGUGAUGCAUGGAGACCAAUAUGGAUCUCUGAUGGAUUGGGAAGCCAAAGCCGCGCAUCGUGGUGAUACUCUUGGGUAUCCCAGGGCUAUCCUGGUCCUUGAAGCACAGGCCUACCUCUUCGAGGUUCUUUGCAACAUUGUCGACAGGAUCCUUGAGGGAGUACCUCUGCAACCUCCACGAGCCGAGAAGUGGCACGACCUCGUCAGUCGCGAAGAAUUCAAAGAGACAAAUGCAGUCGAGACCUGGUCUCCUUACACCAACCAAGCUUUUUCACGUCCCCCCAUGUUCAACUGCGAUUACCUCCUUACGCUCGCAAACGAUUACAUGCGACGACAUGUCAAGCUCUGGUUUGCAACUGAGGUCUUCAAGAAGGCGUCAGAACCACAGAGAGCUAUGAUGCUUGCGCAACGAAUUGUUCUCGAGAUCGAAAGUCACUUUGUUUGGCGAUGGAUUGAAAUGGAGUGCAACAACGUGGAGGCAGUUCGCAAGCGAUUCCGCGACAAUAUUCAUCCCGGCAUGCCCUUGCCCCCCAAGUACGACAAGGCUCUGGGUGCUCUUGAGCUUCUGCUUGUCAACCAGGUCAAUUACUGGGCCGAACUACUUGGGAAACUACUGCCGCACAUGCCAGGCAUGCAGAAGCACUGGAACAUCGACCGCAGCUACGCUUCUUCCAAGGCAAUUGGCCUUUUGAAGCGCAUCACGCCCGAUACUCAAGAGGCACUUACAAACGAUCCUCUCGACUGGUGUCUUGUUCAGCUACAGGGAAAGCCCGACACUCCGUUGACUUACGACCAGGCCAUGCUCUUCGCCAUGCUCAGGGAUCACUUGUCCAGUAACCCUUCGGAAAGAAAGAGGCUGGAUGAGAUCACGUACCAGAUACUCUCCGACCUGUCGACAUGUCACGAAAUGCUUAUCACCGUCCGUUUGCACAGGCCUCACAACAGCUUGGGAUCACUAGAUGGAGUACUUGCUACAGAACAUCGAGGGUUUUGGAAGAUUUGUCGGCAACUUGCGAUAAGUGAAGAAGCCUUCAAACGUAUCGGAACGGCGUUCGUGGACGACUUCUAUCACGCGAGACUACCGACAGGUUCAAAGAUUUCUGAGCGGAUUUCGCACUUUCGAGCUCUCCGUACAGCAGUGGAGAAAUUCUGGGGAUCGGUCAGGGCAUUUGUGAGAGAGGACUUGACAAAGAGCGACACUUCUUUCAGUUCAGCAGAGGCUGAGGACCUUCUUGGUGUGGUUUCAGCACACCUCAGCGAGGAGUAUACCCAGGAGAAGCAGCAGGCCGAGGCUGAGAUCCUCACUGCAUUCAAGGUCGCAGACAAGGCCCAGCCGAUCGACGGUACCUUCAACGCAAGUUUCGAGCCGAGUAACACGUCUACCACGAUAGCGAAAGGCCGGGAGAAGAUUAAGACACGAGGAGAGCAUGGGUCCUCUGCCAGUGAUGUCACGGAGCCACGAGCUGAAGAUGCAGAGGAGAUGACCAAAGACGCCAUCAUCACAUUGCCUGAAGAUUUACUCGGAGUCAUUCAUCUCAUGUUUCCCAGAAAGGAUAAAGCUGCCAAGGAUGUUACAUGGGAACGAUUCGUCAACAUGAUGGCCAAGGCGGGCUUCACGGCAAGGAACAACACUGGUUCAGCGGUUGCGUUCAAGCAGCGUGGGGCGGGAGGGAGGAUUGUCUUUCACAAGCCGCAUCCUGCCGACAAGCUUGAUCCGGUCCUGUUGCGCAUUAUGGGGAAGAGAAUGGCGAAGUGGUUUGGUUGGAAGCGGGAGCUUUUCGCUCUGCAAGGCAAAGCGACCUCAGGUGUCUAG